AUGCUCGGCACACUGCUGGGAAUACUCGGAGGCGGCUGGCUCUCUGACUGGGUAGCUGACUUCUUCACAAAACGAAACGGUGGAGUCAGAGAGCCGGAAAUGCGUUUACCUGCCAUGACCGUCGCACUCAUCUGCUCACCUCUUGCGCUUGUCUUGUAUGGCUGCGGCAUCCAAUAUCGCUGGCAUUGGAUGGUGCCCACUAUCGAUCUGGGCUUAUUGAGCUUUGCCAUAGCCCAAGGCACAAAUGUUUCACUGGUCUACAUCAUUGAGUCCUACCGACCAAUUGCUGGAGAGACCAUUGUCACUCAACUAGCUUUCAAAUCCGCCUUUGGCUUCCUUCUCUCCUUCUAUACCAACCCCUGGAUCGUGCAGGACGGCUAUCGCGGAGCCUUUGGGGCUAUGGCAGGUAUUUCGUUUGGUGUCAUCAUUCUCUGGGUCCCCCUCUAUAUCUGGGGGCGACGGGUCCGUACUACUACAUUGAGAUGGACUGUGAUUCAAGAUCUCAUCAAGUGGGAUAAUGACAGAGAAGUUGGAGAGUGA